UCCAUAUUUCUCCGCUUGUGGCCAAAGACUUUCGGCCGGACCUGCCUGCUCUUGUCUUAGUUAGGACGGAAGCGCCCCGUGCCUUCUACAACGCCAGGCCAGCCAACUGCUCCUGCCCAGCCAAUGGACGCCACUCGCAUUGACUUCCGUCCGCUGGUGCAAUUUGCAAUGGAUAUCAGAGGGUUAAAGAGGCUUUUGCAGAGCCUCCGACGAGCGAGUGCUGCGGAGAGUCUCGCGCCUUCCGCCCCUUCACAGCUUUCCCCCGCUGCUGCUGCGGCUGUUCGGGCAGGUGGAGUUGCUCAGGGCCCAUGCAAGUCAACGUCAUGGCAAGCGCAAGUGCCUCGUCCGUGCUGCGUACAUGCACUCUGUCUCUUAGUCGUUCAUACGCAAAUGUCUCAGCGAGAUGCAUAUUACGAAAACGCAGCUGUCAGAAGAGCCACUCGCAUUGCUGCAACCGCGUUAUCAACAAACGCUGACACCUACUGGGUAUUUGGGCAAGGCUGCACAACGCCAGGUAAUUUCGCCAUCUAUUCCAAGACGCACGACUCACCGGCCAACUCUAUCCACAGGCGCAGUGUGCAUAUGCAGGUUGACUCGACUUAUGACAGUCCGCCGCAGGCUGUGACAGUAUGAAAAUGAUAGGCCAUGAUUCGAAGCGGUUAUAAUGACAAAGGGAGUGUGGCUCGAAGGCCUCGCAGCCAACAACGAAGGAACUUGUCCGUCACAAUAUUCAUGUGCACCCGGCUGCAUCCAAACGCUGCCUUGCUGUGCAAGAGCACCACGGCCCCAAAUCGUUUCUGUCUUCCAUUCCGAACGGCGUCCUGCAACCUCGUCGACCGGUGAGCUUAGGUAGGGGCGCCACAAAGCCGCUAGCUAUGCGAGACUGCU